UUAUCUCAUCUUCAAAAAGCUCUGACCGUCAAUUAUUGUCAUCUGAACUUAUCUGAACGCGUAUUCGAGUUCUGAAUUCACAAAGAUAUCGCUUACACUCUUUCUAGUCGUGACACGUUCUGUUAAUAUCAAGUUUGGCUUAAGCGGCUUAAGCUAAGUUGUUAAGUACUCUUUUGGAAUUCAACGAGUUCAGUUCGAUAUUAUUCCUCUGUACGACUCAGCCUUAAUUUAUUUAUUGCUGUACAGAUAAUUAUAGUGAUUUAACGUGCUUCUCACGUCUCAUUCGAUAUCUGUCUUUCUCUAUAUUGUUUUCUAGAGUAAACAUCACGAAAGCAACACGCGUCUCUUCAAUAAUCAUUCAGAAAACGUCUUGGCAAUUCUGGCUACUUGUAGUUUUACGAUUCACAACAGGGGACAAUAAUUCAACACCGUCAAUUCGGUCGGCUGACUCGCGUACUUCGUAGUGCGCAGUAUAAUUAAGUAGAAUCGUUUACAUCGGAUCAAGACAGAAUUUUCAGGUUGUCACUAGAUUUUGUUUGUAAAACUUGUGAAUUUUUUAAAACUCAUAAUUCUAAUACUGUGUACAGUUAUGGACUCACGCGGACAUGAUCUACUUAGAGCUUAGUUCAUUAAUUGUGAAACAUUGGGUCAGUUGUGUAUUCUGCGCCUAACCUUGUGUCCAACAAAGCAUAGAACUGUUUUUUUAGACGUUCCAGUUGGUGAAACUACUCCUGAUCAGACUAUUCAAGGAUUUAUUGUAGAUGCUGAUACAAAAUAGAAUUAGAAUGCUUGCUGUAUCUGAGAAGAAAUAGUUUUUGAAAAUGGAUAAUAAUCAAAGAGUCAUCGGCUAUUGGAUUUCUGAGAAGAAAAAGCAGAAGUUCAACUGGGAAGACUUUCAGAAUGUGUGUGCGAAGAAUGGAUUUGAGCUGAAAAUGAUCAACGUCAAUGCUAAUCUUGAAUCUCAGGGACCAUUCCAUGUUUUUCUACAUAAACUUACGGACACAUUAGCUCUUGCUGAGAGUGGUGAUCAAAAUGCUAGAGCUAUUAUUACAAGAAUACAAGGAUAUAUUCGUAAACAUCCUGAACUAAUAGUAAUAGAUCCUUUGGAGAAUGUUAGAAAUUUGAGAAACCGACAUAAAUCCUAUGAAAUUAUACAUAAUGGGAUCCAAUUGAAAGAUGUGUUUACGCCCAAUUUCGUAGAAUUAAAAUCGAAAUACGUUUCUGAAAAUUUAACACUGUUAAUAACGAAUAAUGUCAAGUUUCCUUUUCUUUGUAAACGACUGGUUGCUCAUGGAUGCAGCGAUGCACAUAAGAUGAUGGUGAUUUUCAAUGAAAAGGGAUUAAAAGACUGUCAAUUACCCUGCGUAGCUCAGAAUUUUGUAAAUCACAACGCUAUUUUAUACAAAGUAUUCAUAGUUGGCGAAAAGUUCCACGUGGUCGAACGUCCGAGCCUAAAGAAUUUCUACCAAAAAGACUGUGAAUCUUUGAACACGAUUUUCUUCAAUUCUCAGGAUAUCUCCAAGAGCGGUUCAAAUUCAAAAUGGUCUGUCAUCUCUGAUGAGGAAGCCGCUUUGCGUGUUAAACCAAAUUUCAAAACUUUUGAGAAAAUCGUUAAAAGAAUCACUAAAAUCUUUGGCCUUGUUUUGGUAGGGGUCGACGUAGUUAUAGAAAAUCACACUGAGCGAUAUGCUAUAAUUGAUAUUAAUGCAUUUCCUGGAUACGACGGAUAUCCGCAUUUCUUUGACCACUUGGUCAACACUAUAGAAAAGUUAAUGGCUGAUCAAAAAUCAAGCAAACAAAAUUCCCGGAGUGCAGGUAUAAAGAAAUGGCCAAGUGAUGAUCUGGAUUCUGGUUUUGAGAGCGAUGAGAAAAAAAAACAGUCUAUGACAUAGACAUUUAGCAGACGUUACCUACCUCUGAUACAAAUGGUUAUUUGAAUUUUUUUUUUUUUUUUAACUAAUUUAGUUACUGCAUUACUGUUAUAGUUAUGUGAUUGCUGGGCGUCAUCGAUUCCACGCAUAGUGUAAAUACUAGGAAUAUGUAAAUUGGCACGUUAAUUCCACAUCUGCGAGGCUGAGAGUUCUGUUUCUCAAUUUAUUUUUUGCAGUAAUAUCUGCCUGUAUUUUCUUUUUAACAAGUGAAAUUUAAGGAGCUCUCUUUGUCGCCGUAUCAUACAAUUUUACGAAACCCUUUAUUGCGAUUUGCUGAUCACUAACCAAAGGUAUUUAUUGUACCCCCAAAUUUUAUGGGAAACUGUUAAAGGUGUCACUUUUAUAUUCUCCUGUAUUUUGUCCUUGACAUAAAUCAGAAUAGCCUUAUACAGGCUGAAAUAAGUACUUUGUAAUUUUUUAUCUUUUCUAUAAAGAUAAUAAAACCUUAGAGAAUAUGUUACAGUUAUGUGAAUCUAUAUACGUAUACAUCUAGGGAGCAUUUCUGUGCAGCUACUCAAUGAGAUAAAGGCAAUUAAUUAUUCGCCCUGUACCCGAAGAGAACGACUUUGUUGUCAUUUUAAUUUAUUAUAUACAACACAGAGUUGCAAUUAUCACUAAUAAUUAUGCUCAUUAAUAUUUAAGAUUCCGUAAAUACAUUUAGUUCAAGUUUAUAGAAUAGAAUAGGCAUCUUCUUUCUGACGGAUAUGUCUAUAGCCAAAAUAUUCAGUGUAACGACAGAGUAUCAAGACUUUAUUUUUAUGUGAAAUAUUUCAUUCAUCUGCUAGAGCUUGGUUCUUCUCUCUGAAGAUAAUUAUCAUUCCUAAUGACUCUACUGUAAUAUGAUUUAAUAAACAAUAUGAUUUACACAAGGAAACGUACAAAGA